AAAAUAAAUGGGUACAUGAACUAUGCUGGCACAUGAACUAUGCAGAUAUAUGCAAGUGAAGAAUCAAACAAGCAUUCAGGAGCAUUAGUCUUUUUAUUUGGGCAACUCCUCUCAAGCAUUCCAUUUUUGUUCUUCAUCUCCAUAUCUACGAGUCUCAUAUUCUAUUUCCUAAUAGGAUUGAGAGAUGAGUUUAGCUUGCUGAUCUACUUUGUCCUGAAUUACUUCACGUGCCUUCUUGUAAAUGAAGGACUGAUGCUGGUUGUUGCUUCUUUGUGGAAAGAUGUUUACUGGAGUAUCUUGACCUGUUUCAGGUUGUAAUGAUGCUUGCUGCAGGAUAUUUCAGAAUCCGUAGUCAAUUCACCGGACCCAUACGGAUGUAUCCAUUAUCAUACAUUGCUUUCCACACUUAUUCUGUCCAGGGCCUUUUGGAGAAUGAGUACCUAGGUACCUCUUUUGCAGUGGGGCAGGUAAGGACAAUAUCUGGGUUUCAGGCACUGCAGGAUGCAUACGCUAUCUCCCCAGACAGCAAUUCCAAGUGGGAGAACUUACUGGUAUUGUUUCUUAUGGCAGUUGGGUAUCGUGUUCUCCUUUUUAUAUUGCUACAUUUUCAUGUAAGGAAAAACAUAUCCCUGCACAGACUUUGUCAGUGUUAUCCUGACCAAACAACCUAAGAUGAAUAAAAUUGCUGGUAUUAUCAAUCUUUCAUGAACAUUUCUCUUUAUUUUUUUAUUUAUUUUUUCCUCUUGCAUUUAAAUUUCAUAAAAGUGGAUGUACAUG